CCUGCCCGGGCACCGGGGCUCCUGCUGGCCAGCCCGACCUGCCCCGGCGGUGAGGCCGCGAGUCCGGAGGGCGGUCUGGAGAGGCGGUCCCGGUGACUCUGGCGAUGGGGCUGGGGCGGAUGGCUCUGCUGGGAUAGCUCCUCGGGAGUCCUUAGGUUGGGUUCCUGCCUGCCCUUGUGCCCCUUUGCUCCUCUGGGCCCGCGGAGAUAGGCCCUCGGUGGGCUGGUGGCUCCGGGGAUGGGCCUGGGAGUAGCUCGGCAGGGUGUUACUUGGGCUUCCCCUCUUAUCAGUGUCUCUCCGAGCUACUCUGUGUGUGUGUAGGCGAGCUGUUAUCAGAGGAAAUCAUAUUCUUGCUUUUACUCUUUCCAUGGAUUGAGACAGGAAAACACAUUGGUGUUCUCUCUCUGCAUAGAUAACUCAAGCUUCUAAUGGGAUUUAUUGUUGUACUAUGUCUUGGCAAGUAGCGGGUGUUCUCUUUUACAUUAUUUGCAUUAACCUUAAUUUCCACUGAAAAAAGUAACAAUCACCAAGUUGGGUGGGAGUGUUGAUCUGCUGGAGGGUAGGAAGGCCAUACAGAGGGAUCUGGACUGGCUGGAUCAUUGGGCUGAGGCCAAUUGUAUGAGGUUCAACAAGGCCAAGAGCCAGGUCCUGCACUUGGGUCACAACAACCCCAGGCAGCGCUACAGGCUCGGGGAAGAGUGGCUGGAAAGUGCCUGGUGGAAAAGGAUCUGGGGGUGUUGAUUGACAGCUGGAUGAACAUGAGCCAGCAGUGUGCCCAGGUGGCCAAGAAGGCCAACAGCAUCCUGGCUUGUAUCAGGAAUAAUGUGGCCAGCAGGACCAGGGCAGUGAUCGUCCCCCUGUACUCAGCACUGGUGAGGCUGCACCUUGAAUCCUGUGUUCAGUUUUGGGCCCCUCAGCACAGGAAAGACAUUGAGGUGCUGGAGAGAGUUCAGAGAAGGGCAACAAAGCUGGUGAGGGGUCUGGAGCACAAGUGUGAUGAGGAGCAGCUGAGGGAACUGGGGCUGUUCAGCCUGGAGAAAAGGAGGCUGAGGGGAGACCUUAUCACUGUCUACGACUAUCUGACAGGAGGUUGUAGCAUGGAGGGUGUUGGUCUCUUCUUCCAAGUAACAAGUGAUAGGACAAGAGGAAAUGGCCUCAAGUUGUGCCAGGGUAGGUUUAGAUUGGAUAUUAGGAAAAAAUUCUUCACAGAAAGGGUUGUCAGGCAUUGGAACAGGCUGCCCAGGGAAGUGGUGGAGUUUGGACAAGGUUCUUAGGGACAAGGUUUAGUGCCAAAGUUAGGUUAGGUCAUGGUUGGAUCCUGAGGGUGUCUUCCAGCUGAAAUGAUUCUAUGAUUCUAUGACUGCUGUAUGUGUGAGCAAUACUAUCAUCUGCCCAUGUGCAAACAAGGUGGAAUAAUGCAGCUUUUUUGUUGAUGUUUUUCAGUGGUUCCUAUAUAACUUUUUUUCCCUACUUUUAUUUAUUAUUUCAAGUUCAAGCUCUUUAAGGAUAAAAAUUUAGCAUACAUAAUAAUCCUUGAUGGCCCAGGCAUCACAGUAUCACAGUAUGUUUGGGAUUGGAAGUGACCUCAAAAGAUCAUCUAGUCCAAUCCCUCUGCUGCAGCAGGAACGCCUAGACUAUGAAGAUGAAUCUCCAAUAAGAGUUUUACAUGACCUCCAUUGUGAAAUCAGGACUCUGAAGGAAGAAGUUAACGCCAGUCUCAGUAGGAGUUGCUCUGAAAAACAAGAAAUUCAGGAAUUUAUUAAGGCAAGUGAAAUAUUGAUGCAAAGAAAUGCAGCAGAUCUUGGAAAAAUAAAAGACCUGUUUCAGAAAUAUGGAUACAAACCACAUGUCAAAGACUCUACAGAAGAGGAGCAAGAAAUUAACAGCAAUUCAACCGUGUCUGUCCAGAAUAAAUCUGAAGAAAAAGCAGAUGAUGUACCUCCCCUUCCUGCUUCUACUGAGAAGCCACUGGUACCCAAAGACCCACUGCGUAACCCCCGGCUUUCUGAUUUUGGUCUUUCACAAUAUGCUUUCUCCAGGCCUUGGAGUGCAGGGAAAGGACAAUAUACAACAAAUACCUAUCAAGAAAAUUCAAAGAACAAGACUCCACUAAAACCACAGACCCCCCGUGCUUUGGCCAAAACGCCAAAAUGUACACUAAAGAUGGACGAUUAUGAGUGUAUAACACCAAAACUUGAACAGUUCGGCAUUAGUGAACAUACCAUGUGUAUGAAUGAAGAUUAUACAAUAUCACUUCUUCGUAAACCUGCUCAGUCAAGCAAGAAGUUGCCGAAAAAAGACGAUCGUGAAGUACCAGGACUGACAUCCAGGGAAAUCAUUGUUACUCCUGGGCUGAAAACAAAAGUAACAGCUGAGAACACUGACUGGAUGGCUUCUCCUAUGGUACUUGUGUUCUGUACUCCUGAUGUGAAAAUCCAUUCCAGAACAAAUAGCACAGUAUUAUCAAGGUCACCGGACACAAAUGAACUGCCCCUUCCCAAUCACGCAGAAACACCACGGGUCCCAGAUUUUGAAACAAGAUGGCUAAAACCAGAAGCUAAGGUACAGGUAAAGCAGGAGGAGAAGAUUGAGUUGGUGACAAAGAAGACAGUCAGAGAAGACAGCAUUCCUUUCACUAUGAGCUCUGAUGAGUACCUUAAACGUCUUGGAGACCCUUCUCCUCCCAAAUUAAAACACUAUGACCAGUUACUUGACACUCCUCCACUUCCAGAAACAAGGAUACCAGAUGAUGUUCUACAGAUUCUCUCCAAGUAUAAUAAUAAAGUAGACUCUUCUAAAUCCAAGGAAGUGGAGACCAAGGCAGGAAAUACUGCAAGAUACGAAAGUGAUUUAAGUGAUUACUGCAACAAAGAGAACAGAGGAUAUCCUGGAUUUCUCAAGCCCAAAAUUUGAAAUCAAGCUGAAGACGAUGUUGAGACUGUUUCACAUUCAUGAUCUUAUCACUGAAUCGUAACAAGCUCAAAAAGCAAAAGAAAAUACUAGUGGGAGGAAAAAGCCAAACAAAGGAGAAGCUUUUUUAAUAGAGAAGGUUUGAUGUGGAUAAACUUGUUUGAACUAACAACUUGUGCUUAAUUACUUAUUGAAAUUGUUGGCAAAAUAUACUGAGGGGUUUUAAACAUAUACGUGCUUUGAAGAGGAGCCGGGUCAUGUAUGAGGUAGUACUUCAGUUGGUUCACCUCAUUCUCAUGUUUGUUGCGUACUCCUGCGUUUGCAGUGGGCUGCAGAAAAGUGUAGUUAGGUUGCCAUAAAGAGAAAGUCCAGUAUAUUGUCCUGGGAAGUGGGUAUCUGUGGCAGUUCUGGGGACACUGUGCAUCUUUUCAGGGCUGAGUUUGAAUGUAGUACUUCAAUAGUAUUCGCUGUCUUCAGCAGAAACACGUCUUUUUAACAUGAAGAGUAAUUCUUGCUUUACUGUUUAAACCGCUUCUAUGCUAUUAGUUGCCUCUGCAAUACCAAGAUAUAUCAGGCUCUCUGUUACCUGUCUGAUGGACAAGUAUGUAUUAUGCUGCUGCUUCUUGCUUAUUACAGUUUUCUUAGGUCAACAUCGUAUUAGGUGCUACACAUCUGUUUUCCUUUUGAUGGUCUAAUCUCUGUAGCCCUAAACAGUGACUUUAGCUUGAAUAUUGAAAUUUGAAAAUAUGUUGUGCAGUUGGUACUGGUGUGUGUAUUUUACAUAUAUAUAUAUUUAUAUAUAAAUAUAUAUAUCGUCAACUGCUGGAAAUAUUCGCUGGCAGGCAUGUAGAUGAUUCCUUACUCACCUGCACUGCUGCCAUGUGCAUUCUGUGAGUAGCAGUGUCACUUUUGCACAUGCACAUCUAUCCCUGUAACAGCUGACCAAGCUUAAGUUCUCGGAGCUGUUGAGCGCUUUUUUGGUAUCUUGUAGUGAUAGUAAUAAGGAUUAUUUUUCCACCAGAGCUUUUACAUUUGUCCACAAGAAAUCCCAACUCUGUGUCCUUGUUGGGAGCCACUUUGCCAUUUCCAGUGUCAGCUCCUCCUCUGAGUGACUCCAGGUCUGCUCUUAGCAGCUGUACAUGGUCUUCCUGUUGGUGGCUAAAAUCCUGUCAUUUAUGGGGGCAGGUGUGCAACACAUGAGCAGGGAGGGACUGUCCCAGGAGAUGGGGAGAAGCGUAUGCUUUUCUGAACUCUCUGAACACGGCUCCGCACUUUUUUUAAGUCCGCAGGAUAUGCAAACAGUGGAGAUGCCCAGAACUCUUUCUCCAGCUGCUUAGACAGACUUGUGCUGGCUAAAACAAGCAAGUAAAGGAGCCCUUUGCUGCUGUUCCAGUCAUUCUCCGGGAUGACUGUACAUCAAAUUAACUGGAGAAGCUGGUUUUGUACUAGUUGUGGCCUGAGCAUGCUGUCAUUUUUAUGUGCUAGCUUCUGUUUAAAAAUAAGUAUUAUAUGUUUAUAUGUCAGUAUUUGAGCUUGAUCAACACUUUUGAAUAUUAAAUAAAUCUCCUGUGUCAGAUGCUUGGUGGCUGCUUGGAAAACUAAUCAUCUGCUCCCAUAAAAAUGCUCAACUUGUUCUAUCCAGCUCCUUCAGAGUGCAAAGGCCAAAGCUGCUUCCUGCGUAUUCACAGUCUAAAGCUAUUUAAUGCACUGGAUAAUACUCAUGGAAUUUCAUGGUCUUAUAAAGGUACAAAGUAUUCCACUGCAGAGCAAGUAUCUUUCAGCCAGACAGAUGAAGCAGCACUAAGCAGGAGGGGUUUCACAGCUACUGCCUUGCCCCGAGGCAGGCCAGGUGUCCUGAAAGGGAAAUGGAACCAGCAGCACUACUGUCCUGGGCCUUGUUGCAUUCCACCCCCAGCCCCCCUCGAACUAAUUAAAUUCUCAAAAGGGCUUGUAAAUGUCUUUUCCUUAAACUUGAGAACAGCUCUGCACUCCGCUGUCCUUUCUCCAUUAGGGAACUGCAGAGUUGUACACAGCCGUUGCUGGGGUUCUCACCGUGAACCACUUGCGUGAUUUUACUUGCCUAAUAAACAACAUUUUCUGCUACAUUUCAUAGCUAUUUCAUUAACUAAUAAGAAAGGGAUUCAAUUACUAUUUCGACAUACAAAUUAUCUUCAAGAUGACAUUUGAAAUCUUAAAAUCUUCUGAUCUACUCAAGCUAUUAUGACAUGAUGCUGGCAUGAAAUUUCCUGGAAUCUAGAAAUAAAGUUUCACUAAUUA